UUAUCGGGGCCAAACCACGGGGACACGCGCUUUAAAAUUAAAAAAAAACUCUAAAGUUGAAAAGUCAUGUUCUUCUUUCUAAUCGUCUCCUCCGCCAUGCGAACUCAAAACUCUAAACCUCUCUCUCUCUUCCUUCUUCUUCUUCUUUUAGCUUAACUUUUUGAUUUCUUUUUGUUCUUCAUCUUCCAAUCUAGCCGUAUCAGAUUCAAAUCGAGCCUUUGGUAUUUCCAGCUUCCGGUGUCGUUGAUUAGCUUCCUGCUUCCACUUGUCGUCUUCUCACAAUGAGUGAUAACUGGAAAUUUGUUCGAUUAACUCUUCCAAAUCGUACUCUCCUGUUUCUUCUGGUGAUUUUGAGCUUCGGUUCUUGCUUUUCGUUGACAUCUCAUGGUGUGGGUUAUCUGGAUUUUGUGACGAAAGAUCUGUUGUCAGAUGGAGAUGCCGAGGAUUUGAGAGCAGUUGGUUUUCACAGGAAAUUACUUGGCCGUUUUCGUAACCCGUACACCCAUUUGAAUAGCUACAAGAACCGCCCUGUGGCAAGAGCUACAUCUCCGUCAUCUUCUCCGAGAACUAAAGCUACUAAAGCCUCAACGUUGCCUCCACCGCCAAAAAGUUCUCCUGCACUACAUGUUUCUGCUCCACCUCCUCUUGUGCCCCAUUUGAAUUUUCCUAUCCUAAGAGGAAGCUCCAAAAAUUCUUCAAACAACACGGUUCCUAUAGUGGCUGGCUGCUUAGGCGGUGCUGUGUUUAUCCUCCUUUUAGCAACUGGUGUCUUCUUUUUCAAGAGUAAGGCUGGGAAAUCUGUGAAUCCUUGGCGUACAGGUCUUAGUGGACAGCUUCAGAAAGUGUUCAUAACUGGUGUCCCCAAACUCAAAAGAUCUGAGAUUGAAGCUGCCUGUGAAGAAUUCAGUAAUGUCAUUGGGUCUUGUCCCAUUGGCACUUUGUUCAAAGGGACACUAUCUAGUGGGGUGGAAAUAGCUGUGGCUUCUGUUGCUACCGCGUCUGCCAAAGAAUGGACUAAUAACAUCGAAAUGCAGUUCAGAAAGAAGAUCGAAAUGUUAUCCAAGAUAAACCACAAGAAUUUUGUCAACCUUCUUGGUUACUGUGAAGAAGAUGCACCUUUCACUAGGAUCUUGGUCUUUGAAUAUGCAUCAAACGGAUCAGUUUUUGAACAUCUACACUAUAAAGAGUCAGAGCACUUGGACUGGGUAAUGCGGCUAAGAAUAGCAAUGGGCAUAGCAUAUUGUCUUGACCAUAUGCACGGGCUCAAACCACCUGUAGUCCACAGCAGUCUUCUCUCGUCAUCAGUUCAACUGACAGAGGACUACGCAGUCAAAAUUGCAGAUUUCAAUUUCGGGUACCUAAAAGGCCCAUCAGAGACAGAGAGCAGCACCAAUGCACUCAUAGAUACAAACAUUUCAGAAACGACACAAGAAGACAAUGUUCACAGCUUUGGGUUGCUGUUGUUCGAAUUGAUGACUGGAAAACUCCCAGAGUCAGUUAGGAAAGGCGACUCAAUAGAUACUGGUUUGGCUGAUUUCUUGAGAGGAAAGACUUUAAGGGAGAUGGCGGAUCCAACAUUGGAGAGUUUUGAUGAGAAGAUUGAGAAUAUAGGCGAAGUGAUCAAAAGCUGCAUAAGGGCAGACCCGAAACAGAGACCGACAAUGAAGGAAGUGACAGGGAGAUUACGGGAGAUCACAGGAUUAUCACCAGACGAUGCGAUUCCAAAACUUUCAGCUCUCUGGUGGGCAGAACUGGAAGUGCUGUCAACUGCGUGAAGAGACUAGUACUACUUUGCUUCACAACAAAUCUGUAAGUAUUAAUAUGACGAUUGUGUGAGGUUUUUUUGAGUCUCUUUUGAAGCUCCUUGCUUCUCUUUAGGCUGCUUUCAUCUAUAUAUAUAUAUAUAUAUAAAUCUAUGGAACUUAGUUUAUAUAACGGCUUAAAGAAUCCAGUGGAUCCAUUUGCUGUUAUAUGUCGUAAACAGAACAUAUGCGAGAUCACGGUAAGACCCCUUUUUUGGUGUGCAUAAUGUUGAUGGUGUUUGUAAUUAGUUACUAUGUUCUUUUAAUUGUUUAAUCAUCAGUUUCUGAAGUA